AUGAUUAUAAUUAACAUUCAUAAUUGUGUGAUCUUCUCAAUUGUAGUUGCUUUUAAAUUAGCAUUGUGUAAUGAAAUUUUAGAUAUCUCAAAUCCAGACCAUCAAAGAAUUUUUGAAGCUGUUACAGAAUCUAAUCAACUUUAUUCAAAAAUUACAUUCUGCCCAAGAGCCGGACUUGUAGUCAAAUCGGUAAAAGAUUCAGUUCCAAAUCAAACUUUGUGGGAUGGACAAACCUCAGGAGGUGAUCUCAAUCUAGUUGAUAUUUACACUCUUAAUGGAAAUAAAAAAAUAGCAUUGUUGAGCACAUUUUACCCUGAUGGGUAUCGAUCAAGUUAUUUUGAAAAUGUAAAUUACAGUUGGAAUGAGAUUCCACUCAAUAGGUUUUACUCAUUGUUAGAUCAAAUUAAAAAUUCUGUAAUAUUUGAUCUUUUGAAUCCGUUUGAAGAGGAAAAUUAUGAUUUGGAGAUCAACUACACUUCUGGUCUAGCUGAAUGGGUCCUGACACCAAAAGAUAAUAUUUAUGUGCAUCAGGUCAAACAAGCCAAUCAAAUUAUCUGGCAACGUGAAAAUUUUGAAGAUAAAUGUUUUAAAAUAAUAUUUCACGGUGAUACUCAAACAUCAAAACUGGUUAAUGUAAACUUAAGACGUGGACAAGAAGGAUCACAAUUGUUUUUUGAAAAAAAAGAUGAUGGAUGGCAGCCAGUUGAAAAAGAACAAUUUUACCAAAAAUUAAAUCAGUUGGAUGCAGAAGCUCUGGCAGAAAUAGCUGACGAAUUUGAUGAAGAAAUUCCAUGA